UGUCAACAAAGCUACAUAUCCAGCUAGCAUUUUAGCUAGGUAGCCGAUAUUUCUUCAAAAUGGAUGUAAAUCAAACGAAACAGGAACACUUACUCGCAUUAAAAGUGAUGCGUUUAACAAAACCAACACUAUUUACAAAUUUACCAGUCACAUGUGAAGACCGUGAUCUGCCUGGAGAUUUGUUUAGCCAGCUUAUGAGAGACGACCCCUCGACUAUUCGAGGAGCAGAGACAUUGAUGGUGGGAGAGAUGCUUACCCUACCACAAAAUUUUGGCAAUAUCUUCCUGGGAGAGACUUUUUCCAGUUACAUAAGCGUGCACAAUGACAGCAAUCAAGUAGUAAAGGAUAUACUUGUGAAGGCGGAUCUACAGACCAGUUCACAGAGGCUUAACCUCUCUGCAUCCAACUCUACUGUGGCAGAACUCAAACCAGAAUGUUGUAUUGAUGAUGUCAUUCAUCAUGAAGUAAAAGAAAUUGGAACACACAUCCUAGUCUGUGCUGUAAGCUACACCACACAGUAUGGGGAGAAACUCUAUUUUCGGAAGUUUUUUAAGUUUCAGGUUUUGAAGCCACUUGAUGUGAAAACAAAGUUUUACAAUGCAGAGAGCGACCUCAGUUCUGUGACAGAUGAGGUAUUUCUUGAAGCUCAGAUUCAGAACAUCACCACCUCACCCAUGUUUAUGGAAAAGGUUUCUCUGGAGCCAUCCAUUAUGUACAAUGUCACAGAGCUCAACACUGUCACUAAUGAUGACCACAGAGAGUCUACAUUUGGAAAGAUGUCAUACUUGCAGCCUAUGGAUACACGGCAGUAUCUGUAUUGUCUCAAGCCAAAGCCUGAGUAUGCCGAGAAGGCUGGAGUAAUAAAGGGGGUGACGGUAAUAGGAAAACUUGACAUUGUUUGGAAGACUAAUCUUGGGGAGAGGGGAAGGCUCCAGACCAGCCAGCUGCAAAGAAUGGCCCCCGGGUAUGGCGAUAUAAGAUUGUCAAUGGAAAUGAUUCCUGAUACGGUGAACCUCGAGGAACCAUUUGACAUUAUCUGUAAAGUGACUAACUGCAGUGAAAGAACAAUGGACUUGGUACUUGAGAUGUGCAAUACAAGAACAAUUCACUGGUGUGGUAUUUCUGGACGGCAGCUGGGCAAAUUGAGCCCUGGAGCCUCCCUCUCUCUACCUCUUGCACUCCUCACAUCUGCACAGGGACUGCAGAGUAUUUCCGGAUUGAGACUUACCGAUACAUUUCUGAAGAGGACCUAUGAAUAUGAUGAUGUUGCACAAGUAUGUGUGGUCUGUCCGUAUUUAGGCAAUGAGAGCUAGAAUUUUAUUUUGUUGCAUUUUAGAUUUUGAAGGAUGAGCAGUAUAACUUAAUAUGUAUGUUUCACUUUCAAUUCUUUCGAUUACCACUGUAUUUUAAAAUGAAGUGUGAAUAAUACAAAUUCUGUUUUAAAAUAUUGAUUAUGUAUGUGCAAAUA